AUGCAUCCCGUCCACGCCGCAGAGCAGCAGACGGCCCAUCAGCCAGCCCACGAACUGCCCAAGUCUGCGCCACCUGGGCCUGAGUCGUGCAUAAACAACGUGGGCCAACCGCCAGAGGACCACAGCAAGACUACAACGCGACAAGGCGCCGAUGCAUGCCUGCAUGCGGGCGAUGCAACGGGUAGUGGCCUUCUCAUGCUUCCUGAGACUACUCAGACUACCACGCCGUUUCCUCACCCAAACCUACUACCCGCCCGUGACAUAUGUACCCCAAUGAACAACCAUUGCACAAACCCGUGCUACGCCGAAGAUGAUGCAGGUUCCGUUUUGCACACCAUCCAUCGGUGCAGCGCAGCGCACCGAAGCGAUGGGGCCGCCGGGGCGGCGCAGCACGCUCAUGCCAUGCCAUGUAUGUACCCCUUCGGGGACAGCUGGUGUGGUUGCACACACGGUCUCACGGGCCAACAUACUGCGUAUGAGCGUGUUUUGACAUAUGCCGGAGAAACCGUGAGGGUGGAGGGUAUCUGGAGAACUUUGGGUGGUCAGCGACGAGAUCGCAGGGCUGAGUGGAGAGGUCGGGCCCGAGCCGUCUCGAAUAAACGAGUCGUGCCGAUAUGGACCAACGAGAUCGAAUCCCAGCUCCAGAACAUGGUUGUCAUUCAAAACAACAUGAAGCGGUCAUGGCGAUGA